AUGAGUAAUAGAAAAACCACUUUGGUCAAAAAGAAUCAAUCACGUGCAUGUGUCUUUAUCGACUCUAGCGACCCUUCUUUACCUAAUCAGGUGAUUAACGACGCACGACCUUUCAUUAAACUUCCCUUUCCUCCAACAAUUGAUCCUCGUGACUUAAUUACCAUACUUCCUGAUGGUCGUGUGCCAACUCGCGCUCCAAAUGCCUUUAUUAUUUAUCGCAGGGCAUUCAUCGAAGCUGCACGAGCUGAAGGUUAUAAUCUUCCUAUGACUGUAAUAUCAUCAAUGACUUCCCAAUCAUGGGAACAAGAGCCUAACUUUGUUAAAGCUGAAUAUAGAAGAUUAGGAAAAGAAGCCUAUAAUAGACGUAAUGAAAUGUGUCCCGAUUCAAACCAACGUAGAAAGAGAGAAAAAUGGAAUAUGGUUUCAUUUGGCAAUAAAAAAAAUUCUCGUAAAAUUAAGAAAUCAAUGCGAAAAUCAAAAAAACAACCAUCUUCUUUAUCAUAUUGUGGUCAAAAUAAUAAAAUUCAACAAGAGAAAAAAUUCCAACAAUCCCCACCAUCUCCUGUACCAUCUUUCUCUUCUGAUUUGUCCGAAUCUGAUUCAGUGGUGGAUUAUAAAGAACUUUAUUCAAAUUCUGAACGGGAUUCAAAUGAUUAUUAUCCUACUCCUAAAGACACUACUACUUUUACCGACACUACCAGUAAUUCUCCUGAUAUGAACAAGUCUGAUUAUCGUUGCGAAUUCCCAUUUGUAGCUCCCGAAAAUUUUUCUGAAGAGUUUUUGCCAUCACCAAUUCAAUCGCCCAUAAUUGGUAUUUAUGAAAAUCUUUAUGCUACUACAGGUGGUUUCUCUGAUUCGGAUGAGUUGUCCAAUUAUUCUCCUGAGCUCUCACCUGUAAUUUUCGCUGAUAAUUCUGGUACAACAAUCUUCCAAGAUUUAUCUGGAAAUUAUUAUUAUUACUGA